UUCAAAGAACCAACCAUGUACAGAAACUGUUCCACACCUAUGCCACGUAGAGGCAUUCAGAGUGUUGCAUACAGUAUGGUCCGUCCCGCUAAAGAUGUGGCAGCAUAAAGUGCAAGAACAAAGAAAUUUGCAUCCACAUUUAGAUACAUUCAAAAUGUUGUGUGGUGGAAAAAAAUCUUACUUUGCUGCUGCUGUGUGCAUUUUUACUCUAACCUCAAUGGUCACAAUUUCUUAUCUUAGGUUACAGAGACUUUCUCACCUGCCAAAAAUAAUUCAAGAAAGUAGCAGAUGUAGAGGUAAAAUUACCAAUAGCACGAUAACACCGUUAAAAGAUAACAGAACUUUUAUUAUCUCCCCCUACUUUGAUGACCGAGAAAGCAGAGUCACUCGUGUGAUUGGGAUUGUUCACCAUGAAGAUGUAAAACAACUAUACUGCUGGUUCUGCUGCCAGCCCAAUGGAAAGAUAUAUGUAUCAAAAGCAAAGAUUGAUGUUCACGCAGAUAGAUUUGGUUUCCCGUACGGUGCAGCUGAUAUAGUGUGUUUGGAACCCGAAAACUGUGAUCCAACACAUGUAUCAAUUAAUCAGUCUCCACAUGGAAAUAUUGACCAGCUGCCAAGGUUUGAAAUAAAAAACCGCAAGGCUGAGACCUUUUCUGUUGACUUCACUGUAUGCAUCUCUGCUAUGUUUGGAAAUUACAACAACGUUCUGCAGUUUAUACAGAGUGUGGAAAUGUACAAGAUUCUUGGGGUACAGAAAGUGGUGAUCUAUAAGAACAACUGCAGCCACCUGAUGGAGAAAGUCUUGAACUUUUAUAUGGAAGAAGGAACUGUAGAGAUAAUUCCCUGGCCAAUAAACUCACACCUCAAGGUUUCUUCUAAUUGGCACUUUUCUAUGGAUGCAAAAGACAUUGGCUACUAUGGACAAAUCACAGCUCUAAAUGACUGUGUAUACCGUAACAUGCAGAGGAGCAAGUUUGUGGUUCUUAAUGAUGCUGAUGAAAUAAUCCUUCCCCUUAAGCACCCAGACUGGAAAACAAUGAUGAACAGUCUUCAGGAGCAAAACCCAGGGACUGGCAUUUUCCUCUUUGAGAACCAUAUCUUCCCAGAAACUGUAUCUACUGACGAGUUCAACAUUUCAUCCUGGAAUACAGUGCCAGGUGUUAACAUACUACGGCAUGUUCACAGAGAGCCUGAUAGGAAAGAUGUAAUCAAUCCCAGGAAAAUGAUAAUUGAUCCACGAAAGGUGAUUCAAACCUCAGUCCACUCUGUCCUUCAUGCUUAUGGGAACAGUGUGAAUGUUCCCAUGGAUGUUGCUCUCAUUUAUCAUUGUCGGGUGCCCCUUCAAGGUAACCUUCCCAGAGAAUCUCUCAUCAGGGAUACAACGCUGUGGAGAUACAACUCAUCAUUAAUCAUGAAUGUUAAUAAGGUGCUGUAUCAAACCAUACUGUAAGCUUAAAAGUGAAACCUCAGUUAUGAGGAGGGAAAGUGGAGAGCUACCCAUAGCGUGGGACAGCAGAGGAUGUAAUUUAAUGAUCAUAGUGAAAUCACUUCCACAUGAAGUUUACGUCUUACAGAGACUUAGGAGAACAGCCUUUUCAUGUGCUGUACAAAGGUAAAUCCAUUUGAUUUGUGGACUGUUUGAUGCUACCUUGUAAUAGUCCAUAGUAACACUUAAGAGGUGGAUUCCUCAGGUAAAAUUGCUAUUGCAAUUUUGUAAGCUGGGAGAGAUAGAAGACAGCUCUUUUAGAUGCUUGUAACUUUGAAAGAUCAUUACUCAAGGCUUAGGAAGUGACCAUACCGACAUUAGAAAUUUAAUGUACCGAUUUCCAGCUUUCUCACUUUUUCUUUUCCCAUCUUCAUAUAUGUUUUAUCUAGUACAAUGAAUCUGUAAACUACUCGAAGAAGGAAUUAAUUUGGUUUUGGUUAUUUGUGUCUCUGAAGUACUUGGUGGAUAAAAAAAAAUACAGCUGUGCUUAGUGGUGCAUAUUAAAAGAUGGCUUGGGACAGCAUAUCCAAGAUGAAGACCUGCAUUGGCAUGAACACUGUAAUUCAUUAUUAUCAGGGAUGCAGGAUAAGAGAACACACCAGCUGUAGCACUGGAACUGUCACUUUUUAGUUAUUUCUUAAGGGAAAGGGGAAUUUGUAGCAGAGCCAUGAGUCAUUUAAUGAUAUAAAGGAUCAAUAUAGAUGGUAUUACCUCUUCUGGAAAAUGUAAAAUGAGUUUGUUUUCAAUUUAAAAAAAUAAAGCAGUAUUUCUCAACUGAUUCAAAUAAUGCAAAAGUCUAUAGACAGUUUUCAACUUAUGUACAAAAAAAUAAAACUACUGUCAUUUGUAUUAAAGGUAACAUUGCUUAA